GUCAAGUUUUUUGAGUGGAAGGAGGUGCAUCAGUUUAUCCGUGCUGACGAACAGCUACACGACUGUCUGUACGCAGUUUUUUUGCUUUGUUUUUAAUUUGUGGAUAUUUCUAACACAUACUUCGACAAAGAGGACGUUUAUAACCACAUACAUGCUACCCAGAACAUAGUACAGUCGCUGUCACUUUGAAGUGCAACCCUCCCUCCCUCUCCCCCUCAUUUAAUAUUGGAGCCCCACCACCACUUCACUGCCAAUCAGUCAAAUAAGAUGGACGGAUUCUAUGACCAGCAGGUCCCAUUUAUGGUUCCAUCCAGCCACAAGUCUCAUGUGGAGGAACCAUCACUCUGCAGGCCUUUGAAUGACAUGAAGAGGAAAUUUGUGGACACAGAGCUUGCCCAGGACACCGAAGAACUCUUCCAAGAUCUCAGUCAGCUGCAGGAGAUCUGGAUCGCAGAAGCCCAGGUGCCUGACGAUGAACAGUUUGUCCCAGAUUUCCAGUCGGAGAGCUUGAUGUUUCAUGGCCCACCACCAGCCAAGAUCAAACGAGAGUUGACUCCCUCCAAAGAGCUUUCUCCCUGUCACCAGGACAGGAGUUCCAUGCCCUACAGAGAGAAGUGCCUUUACAGCUACAGUGCCUUUGACAGGAAACCCACUCCUGGGUUUAAGCCAUUAACCCCCCCUUCCACGCCUGUGUCACCCCGUGGCCCCACGAGUGAGCAGACCUCCCCUCCACACCCCCAUGUAGCCAGCCCGACCCAGCGCUUGGUGCAGGUUCAACAGCCACUGGCAGUGAGCCCCUCCGGCCAGCAAGGUUCCCUGGUCCGUAGCCUCCCCUUUGUUGUUCCCCGUGCACCCCUUGGCCAGGAUGCCAACAGCUUCAUACCUGAGCAGCACAGGUUCCAGAGGCAAAUGUCAGAGCCAUGUCUACCUUUUCCCCCUUCUGACGGUCAGGGCCAUCCCCAGUUCUUGCCCCAGCCCUCAAACACCAGCAGCAAUAACAGUAAUAGCAGCUUGCGGGAAGGCCGGCCCCCCUACCACAGGCAGAUGUCAGAGCCUCUGGUGACAAUGCCUCCUCAGGGCUUCAAACAAGAACUCGUCGACACUCGAUACGCCGAGCAGGAUGUUCCUGCCAUGGGUCCACCUGCAGACCCUUCCCAUCCCGCUCCUUUCCACUCCAUGGCCAUCAAGCAAGAGCCCAGAGACUUCUGCUUUGAUUCUGAAGUGCCUAAUUGUCAGUCGUCGUUUGGAAGAGCGGGAAGCUUCUACCACAACAACCACGAGAGCUUCUCUUUCGACAGAGACACUCAGCUGUACUUUGAUGACACAUGUGUGGUCCCGGAGAGAUUAGAAGGGAAAGUCAAACAGGAGCCAUCUGUGUAUCGAGACGGGCCUCCCUACCAGCGCCGGGGCUCCCUGCAGCUCUGGCAGUUCCUGGUCACAUUGCUGGAUGACCCCGCUAAUGGCCACUUCAUUGCCUGGACCGGCCGUGGCAUGGAGUUCAAACUCAUCGAGCCCGAGGAGGUGGCUCGUCGCUGGGGAAUCCAAAAAAAUAGGCCGGCCAUGAACUAUGAUAAGCUGAGCCGCUCGCUGCGUUACUACUACGAGAAGGGCAUCAUGCAGAAGGUGGCAGGCGAGAGGUAUGUUUACAAGUUUGUGUGCGACCCUGAGGCUCUGUUCUCCAUGGCCUUUCCCGACAACCAGAGGCCCAACCUAAAGGCCGACCCAGAUAGUGUGUUGGGGCUGGACGAUGACACGGUGCCCCUCACCCACUAUGACAACAGUGCUCCUUACCUGCUGGACAUCGGGGAGCAGUGUGCGGUUGGCCUCCCUUUUCCAGACGGCUACAGCUACUAGUCAUAAACGAACUGUUAACAUUGCUGACAAGUCUCUCGAAGCCCCACUAUCACCAACCCCACACUCCCACUCUUGAAAAAUCACAGAGCCCUUCUCUCCUAGACGACGGCUCUAGAGAAACAGAAGGUCGGAAGGGGCAAGCGUGAAGCUUGGACACCGUGCACACUUUCCUUAAGUAACGGCGAGAAGGAUCCUGUCGCCGUGGAGACCAAAAGGAAUACAAGGCGAGUUUUUUUUCCUUUAAAGCAGUCAGAUUUUUGUGACAAUAUGCUCAAGUAAGCAACAAAAUCUUGUCAAGAUUUUAUAGAGUUGCUUUUUCUGGGGGGAGCUUUUACCACUGUCAUCCUAGAAAGGGCUUUAAUUAACUGCAUCAAAACGCAUCGACAAAGAAACAAAAAACACAAUUUUUUUUUUUAUUAUUAUUAUUUUUUAAACUUUAGAUAGGAUAACGACCUUCUUUCUUCUUCUUUUUUAUGAAUAAGUUUUGAGACCCGGGACUCUCAGGGCCUGGGUGUGUUGCUGAGUCUCUCUCUGGUGUAAAUGUUUGUUAAUUUUGCACUCAGACUGCACUCCUUGGAUCACAUAGCACUCCAUCUCCUCCUUAUAAAAAAGGGACACCCUCAUAUUUUCCCCCAACGAUAGUAGUUAUGUAUUGCAGUAAAUCAUCACUCCUGUUUCUUUUCUUUUCUAUUUUUUUUUUUUUUUCGGUCUACCAGUUCCUCUGAUGCACCAGUAUGACAGGAAACACUGAUGCUGCAUGCACACACAAAGAAUAUAAAAAUAAACAACCACAGGGUGAAAACUGGACUCCUCUUGUUUUUUCUUUUUAUUGUGGAUAUGUUUCAGCCAAUCAUCAGGAGAGCUCUGCCUCUGUUUGCAUGGUGUAAUCAGUUUAGACUGAACAUAUCACAUUUGGACAAAGGAAGAUAUUUGUGAUAUUUUCUCUGCUGUUUUUAAUUUGUGUUUUGUUAUCAGUGUUUCUGAAUGGGUGGGGCUGGGUGGGUUUAAAUACUUCUAUAAAGUAUAUAUUUUUGCUAUAAGGCUGCAUUUUGUUGCUGUAGAGUUGUCAUUCUGAUAGACGACUGAGUAGAUGUUUUGAUCGUCUGCUCUUGUAAAGGCUUCAAGACCCUCGACCCCUAUCCCACCGCAAUGUGUUAAUUACACUGUUGAGUUUAUGAUAAUCUGUACUGGGUACAAUAAACGGUCCUUAAUGCUUCA